AAGUGCGCGUGUCCGGGCACACAGUUCUUGUUUGUUUUGUGCCUGUUCUCGAAGUUGAGAGGCCAACACAAGAAGUAAGCCGCGUCAGCAGCUGUCGCACCCCACCACUCACCACCUGUGUACCUGGCAAGAGACCCGCGGCAAGGGGACUGUCACAGCACCGCAGAGGACGACACAAGACUUGAUAAAUGAUACUAGGACGAAGGACGACACGUUAAUACCGUUAGCCCAAGGUGGUCGAAGUCCUGGAGAGAAUGAACGCUCUAUUUUUCUUUUCUUUUCAGGACCUCGAUAAGGUGAUUGACAGUGUUGAACGACUUGGACAAAAACCUCAGACUUGAAGUUCGUAAGGUGGUGGUAAAAGGAAUCUAAUUGGUUAAAAACGUUGCUUUAUUGCUGUUGCCCAUAGUGUUCUUUCCCCUGGUGGUUUUCUGCGUGCUUGGUUUCUGGGGCUUUCAACUCUGGACUGAACCAUGUCAUUACCAGGCAUGGGUAGGGACCGGGAGAGUUUGUGUUCGCUCUUUCACGCUUGUGAUGUGGAUAAUUCUGGACAGAUUGAAAAAUACGAGUUUAUUCAAAUCUGCUCAGAGCUCAAUGUUCCACCGACGGAGAGAGAGCACAUAUUCUCUAAACUGGACACCGACAGAGACGGGACUAUCAAUCUAGCGGAGUUCAUUAGCGGCUUCCUCGGGAUCUCGGAGCAAGUGUAUUGUGGGAACAUGGAGAGCGAGAGCUGGGAAGUCUCUUCUCCGGCCUGGGAAGAUUUCCAGACCCGACUGGGGGACCAUGCCAAGUUCAUACCCAGGAAUGAGCAGGCAGCCACGCUGUAUCAGAACAUCAGUAUGGCAGAGCCCAGGAUGGUGCCUCAGUAUGAGAGACUCAUCAUGAGUUUCACCAGAGAGAUCAAACAGCACAACGCUGAGAUGGAGAACCUGGCCCUGGCUGUCAAACGAGCACAGGACAAGGCCUCCAUGCAACUCAGUGAGAUGGAGGAGGAGAUGGAUCAACGCAUCCAUACAGCCGAGAACAACACAAGGCUUCAGGAAGCCAAGAGGGCUGAGGCAGCUCUAAGUGAGCUGAAGAGGCACUAUGAGUCCGAGGUGUGUGAGCUGCAGCACAAGGUCCAGAAGAUGAAGCUGAUUGAAGACCAGUACAAGAACAUCAACAUGAAAGAUGAGUCUUCAACCCUGAAGAGGAAGAUCAACAAACUGACUCUGGAAAACCAGAGGUUGAAGCAGGAGUUGAUGCAGUCCCACACUAACAUAGCCUUCCUGCAGAGUGAACUGGACUCUCUGAAGAGUGACCUGACAGACCACAGCAUCAACUCGGAGGGAUACGAGGCGAUGAUGAGAGAGUUCUCUGAUGAGAGGGAUAACCUGGAGCGACAGAUAGAGAUCCUACAGGCAGCCAACAGGAAGCUUAAUGACAGUAAUGAUGGGCUGCUCAGGUCCCUUGAGAACAGCCUCAGCAAGAGCAACAAGCGUGAUAGCAGUGCUUCUCCAGCCAGCAUCAUUAGCAGGAGGAGCAGGAGCAACUGUUACUCAACACCAUACUUGGACAGGUUCUACCAGGCGGGUGUGGAGGAUGUUGAUGAGGACGAGGACCCACUGGGAGGCCUGUUUGGGGGUGGUGGUAGGGGCUCCCUGGGGUGUCGGAGGCCUGGUCUAGACACCAUAGCUCUGGCUCUGUGCGACCCAGGCAUGCAGCGCAGACAUAGCUACGAGGUGGACAGCCUGCCUGAGAGCUGCCUAGACAGCGGCAUGUCCACGCUGCGCGGCUCCAACUACGGAUAUGACUCUGAGCAGGAGGUCAAAGGGCACGAGGAUGAGGAGGAGGAGGGACAGAGGGUGGCCAGGAUCACAGAUGGCCUGGCGGAAGACAACUUUGACAACGACAUUGCAGAGGUGCCGAACAAGAUGGUGUUCGGAUCAGACAAUGGUUCUGUCCUGGACUGGAAACCCUUGGAACCAGUCAGCCGGAACAGCUCGGGAGCGUCCACACGCAAAGCCCUGUCCGCCAUCACCAAUGAGGCAAAGGAGAAGGAGUCAGCUGACCUGGGAUAUAUGACAUCAGAGAAGGCCUACCGGGUGGUGUUGGCAGGUGACGCGGCGGUGGGCAAGUCCAGCUUCCUGCUCCGCCUCUGCAAGAAUGAGUUUCGAGGAAACACCAGCGCCACCCUGGGGGUGGACUUUCAGAUGAAGAGUCUGGUAGUGGAUGGAGAGCCUACCCUACUACAGCUAUGGGACACAGCAGGCCAGGAGAGGUUCCGCAGCAUUGCUAAGUCCUACUUCAGACGAGCCGAUGGCGUCCUCCUGCUGUAUGAUGUCACCUGUGAAAAGAGCUUCCUCAACGUCCGAGAGUGGGUGGACAUGAUCGAGGAUGUGUCCCAGGACGACAUCCCCAUCAUGCUGGUGGGGAAUAAGAGUGACCUGAGAGAGCAGGCUCUGCAGGACGGGAUCACCUGUGUCUCCACCAGCUACGGAGAGAAACUGGCCAUGACGUAUAACGCCCUCUUCUGUGAGACCAGUGCCAAAGACGGCUCCAAUGUCAUAGAGGCCGUGCUGCAUCUGGCCAGCUAUCAGCAGGAGAGGAGGAGGAGGAGACAGAAGAGAGGGAAGUAAUGGAAGGAUUUCUGAAGAGAUUGUCCUUGUGUGAAUCUCUAAUAAAUAUACACACACAGUCACACACUGUAUAGAACAAGCACGCACAAAAUCCAUGCUCACCCGUACACACAUACGUAUUCUGACGUGUGGUAUUUAGGCUACUCUUAAGCAAUUAGUCAAUUAACAUUGUCUAGCACCACAUCAAUGUAGGAUCAAACUCACAAGAUUACCAUAAUCACAUCAAUCCAACUAAAUCAGAGUUCUGUCUUUGGGGCUGGGUUGCUGGGGGAUCAUGAGGUCACCAUCUGGAGAGGUCAUAGUUCGUUGGAGAGGCCGGCGGCCACACAUGGACAUCUGGGACAGCAGACUGUGGAACUCCAUCCCUCCAACUAUACUCCCUCAAGACUGCCCUGCCUGGGAUAUCAAUCACAUCCUGACAAUGUCACAUCAUAGGGAGCUCGGACCGGCCUCACCUAGUCGAUUCUUACCUGGAGAUACACAGACGAAGACUGUAACUCACUUUAGGACCUAGGUGAAUAUGAGUGAAAACCAUCUGACAACUCUUUGAUUUGAAAUGUCACAACCUAUUAUAUUUAAUGUGAUGUCUGAAGGAGAAGGAAUGCCUUGCUCUUAAUGUCACUGGAUUCAUAUGGAUAAAUGUGAGAGAGGAAGACUAUUCUGGGACCAAUGAUGUUUAAUAACAUUAUGAUAUAUAGCUACACUCCCCUUCAUAUUUAUUUGGACAGUAAGCUACAGUGUUUCUUUUGGCUCUGUACACCAGCAUUCUGGGUUUGAGAUCAAAAGUUAGAGGCACAAAUAUCAUGCCCCCAAGACAUGCUAACCUCUCACCAUUACAAUAACAGGGGAGGUUAGCAUUUGGGGGGGGGGGGUGUAUGUUUUUAUGUCUCACUCAUCAUUAUUCACAAUUGGUUCACAUUAAUGUAGAAAUGUUCAGAAACAUAUUCUAUUCGUAUUUACAAUAAAAUUGACUCCAAAAGGA